AUGGCCGACUUUGUUGUUAACUUCCUCCUAGAGCACUUGUCCCAGCUACUGGUAAAAGAAGCAAAUUCCUUUGGUGGAGUGGAGGAUCAAGUCAAGUCACUUCAUCGGGAGCUCACUCUGAUAAAUAUAUUCCUCGAGACACCCGAGGGGAAACGAAGCUGUACUCGUGAAAUGGUGGAGUAUAACUCCAAGGGGAAACAGGUGAUCAUGAAGAAACUGAGCCGCAGUGAAAUGUUGAGGAAAAUCGUGGACGUUGCUUACGAGGCUGAGGAUGUUAUCGACACAAUCAUCUUAAACGUCGCAACACAGACGGACAAGCCGGACAAUAUUAAUCAUGCUACCCACGUAGGACUGCUUCAUGAUGUUGCAAAGAGGAUCGAAAAACUAAAGAAAGAAAUCAACAAAAUCUACAACAAUAUUAUGGAAAAGGACAGCUUUGAAAGUGAUGAAGCUAGCAUAGAUGCAGCGACAAAUGCACUACUGAACAAACGUUGGAGAGAAGACGAGGAAGAUGGCGUGGUGGGCUUCAAUUUUCUCUUGCCGAAUUUGGUGAAACUGCUUACGGAAGGGAAUCCACAGCUUGAUGUCGUUUCAAUCUUCGGUGAAGGUGGGUCGGGCAAGACCACCCUUGCCCGAAAAAUCUACAAUAAUGUUGACAUCAAGAGUCACUUUAAUUUCCGUGCGUUUGUGUGUAUUUCUAAAAAUUUCAGAACCAGAGAGGUGUUGGUUGAAAUUUUAAAGUCAGAGAUGCCAAAAUCAGAUGAGUUGACAAGGAAGAAGCUGUUCAAAUACUUGAGUGUGGAUGAACUAAAAAACAAGCUCUUCAAAUGCUUGCAAGGGAAGAGGUAUCUUGUAGUUUUGGACGGUAUUUGGAGAACUCAAUUUUGGUAUGAGGUAAGAUCUGCUUUUCCAGAUAACUCGAAUGGGAGCAGAAUAUUGAUCACCAGUCACAUAGAAAAAAUGGCUUCACAUGCAGGUCUUACACCUCCUUACCAUCUCCCAGCACUUAACAAAGAUGAAAGCUGGGAGCUCUUUAAUAAGAGGGUGUUCCCAGGAGGAAGUUGUCCUACCAAUUUAGAAACUCUUGGGAGACAAAUCUUGGAAAGUUGUAAAGGUUUACCUCUUUCAAUUGUGGUAUUAGCGGGCAUUUUAGCAUACAAAGAGAAUAAAUACGAAACAUGGGCGAAUUUUAAUGGUCAUGUAUAUGGGAACCCCAAUAAACAAAUACGGGAAUUAUGCUACUUCCAACUGCCCCGAAACCUGAAACCAUGCCUUUUGUAUCUUUGUGUAUUCCCAAAAGGCUUUGAGAUCCCUGUAAGGCUAUUGAUCAAGCUGUGGGUAGCGGAGGGUUUCAUACAGCACCCUCGCAACCCAGAGGAUGUUGCUGAAGACUACUUGGAGAAGCUCAUUGAUCGAGGCUGGGUCCAAGUGGCUAGCAAAAGGACUGAUGGAGGAGCAAAGACAUGCCGCAUCCAUGAUCUCGUCCAAGAGCUCUGCAUACGAUGGAGCGCAGUAGACACAUUUCUUCAGGUACUUUUCGAUUCCGCUUCGACCGUUAUGACACCGUUCACAUCCCGCAGAGUUUCCCUCCAGGUUCCCAUUGAACCAUAUGUUAUGCAUCAAUAUACCCCUGUCACCACACGUGUUCGUUCAUUGUUUUUUUUCAACCAAGAUACAUAUGGCUUGGGUCCGAAGCAAUGGAAAUGGGUUCACGAAAACUUUAAGUUGGGUCGGGUGCUUAAUUUAGGGCAAGAACAUCUCUACUCCAUUCCCACAGUGAUAACAAAAUUGAUCCAUUUGAGGUACCUGGGUAUAGAAUCUGAUGCACUGAAAGCUAUUCCUUCUUCCAUUGGCAAACUUAUAAAUCUAGAAACACUAAACAUGAAAGGUACUUUUCUGAAUUGUUUGCCAGCAGAGAUAUGGAAGUUGCGAUGUUUAAGGAAUCUGUAUGUGUCUGGGCCAGUGAGUUUACCUAACGAUUUGGACCCAGACGCUGAAGCUCUAUGUACGUUUCCUCAACUUCGGGUCCUUAAAUUGGAAAAUCUGAAAAUGAAAAAAUGGAAACAGAGGAGAGGCGCAAUGCCAUGGCUCAAGCAUUUGGUUAUCAAACAAUGCAGUGAGUUGACCAUGCUCCCUUUUAAUCGAUUGAGUUUGACCGCAUUACGAGAUGUAGAAGUAUUAUGGAGCAACUCAGUAUCAGCAAAGAUGCUUCAGGAAUUGCAGGUGAAGUUUGGGUUCAAGCUAUUGAUCUAUCCUCCUAUGAUUAACGACCUUCAUGGAAAAACUGCCUCUUGA